AUGAUAGAUGUCCCAGGGACCUGUGAAUAUGUGAUGGUUUCCCGUGAGAGAUCUGGGUUCAUAUUGAACAUCAUUGACACAUCAGGGAUUGUUGAAGGAGGUUAUGUCAAUGACCAGGCUCUUGACCUCAUCAAAAGCCGAGCAAUUGACAAUUUCCUUAGUGAAAACCAACUUGCCACUGUUAACUAUCAUGGCGAGGUGGCAACAUCUAUAUCCUUUUUUUCACCUGGUCAAACUUCAUCUUCCAAGACUCAACCACCACAGAAAAAAGCCACCUCCAGCAGCGACUCAAAACACUCGGGCAGCAGCAGGAUUCUCCGGCAGGGCAAGCAAAAACAUAGACUUCAUCCAGGGUUGUUGUCCAGCCAGGAUCGUGCUACAGCUCAUUAUGGUGCUGUUAUGGGCCUCAAAGCCAUAGAAGAUGGCAUGUAUCUUCUAAGUGCAGAUAGUGUGAUGCCCGUUUCUUAUUUUGUUGAAUAUGUUUUAGGGUCUGAUUAG